CACGUGCCGGGCCUUAUCACUACCGUCAUGUCGGCGAAUGGACACGUGCCUUCAUCCGUUCGUGGUUUUCAAGAACAUUGAUUAUCCGUUAUAACUUAAUCUAUGCGUAGUUCUAUUUUUUAAAAUUUUUAUUUUUCGUACGCUUUUCGAAAAUUCUUAAUGGAACAAUUAUUAUAGUUGCGGUGAAAACAUGGCUUUACUAUUAUACUCCGAGUGCUUUUGGUUAUUAAUAAUAUCGUUAAUCUUGACUCAAGCUCAUAAUCCAGGAUUUACCCGUUCUAAAAGACAUUCAAUCCAGCCAGGAUUAAUUGCAAUUUUUGGUAAUGAUAAUGUCACUGAUUUCAAUAUGAAUUCUACGUGGAAAACAAAUGAUACGAAUGAUUGGGGAGAAUGGUCACCGUGGUCACCGUGGACUCCUUGUUCUACAUCAUGUGGUCUAGGCGUCACCAAACAAACAAGACAAUGUGUACGAAAAUCUACUGUUAUACAAAGGAAUGUUUUUUACAAGAGACAACGUUUAAAACGAGUGUCUGACGUGGACACUAAAUGCAGAGGGUUAACAGAGGAAACUAGAUAUCACGUUUGUAAUAAGCAGCUUUGCUUAAAUAAUACCGAUUUUCGAGAAACUCAAUGUUCUUCGUUUAACGAAAAGCUAUUCAGUGGUCAAAAAUACACAUGGUCAGCAUAUUAUCAAGUUACAAAUCAAUGUGCAUUGAACUGUCGAGCAAUAGGAUAUCGCUUCUAUGCCACUUUAAAACCGAAGGUAAUAGAUGGCACAUCUUGCAAUGGAACAGACUAUUCAAGACCUUACAUAUGUGUGGAAGGACAAUGUAAGGUAGUCAGUUGCGAUGGUUCAAUAGGUGGACCACUAAAGAGAUUUGAUGGUUGUGGUGUAUGUGGUGGUGACAAUAGCACGUGUCGUUUAAUUUCUGGUAUUUUCACUAGACCUGACAUGCCAACAGGAUACAAUUUAAUUACCAGAUUACCAAAAUCUGCUUGCAAUAUUACCAUUAACGAACUUAAACCAUCAGCUAAUAAUAUAGCAUUGAAACACACUGUCGGACUAUACAUUUUAAAUGGAAAUUGGACGAAUAGUUGGCCGGGAGAUUAUGAAGGAGCGGGUACAGUGUUCACAUAUCGGAAAGAAAACGGUAAUCUUGGCGAAUCCAUAUUUGCCACGGGACCGCUAUCAGAAUCCGUAGACCUCAUUUUAGUCUUCAGGUAUACGAAUCCCGGCAUCAAGUACGAAUACAAAUUGCCGUUAGACGUGCCUACGCAGGAUGAGUCGAUCACGCCGCCAUUGAUCAGACACCAUUCGCACAUGUCUGCAUAUUACCCCGGAAACUAUUUUCCGGUUAGCGACGAUACGUAUACGUUGGAUAAAGGAUCGGAACUCGAUAACGAAGACAAGACAAAAUUUAAUCAGGACCAACCGCAAGCUGAGUAUCAAGGAUUCAUCGGCGAUGAAGCUGCAAAACCGCGAAACAAAGGCAGAAAAAAGAAGUUUAUAUGGAAAUUGACCGGCUAUUCUGAAUGUACCAAGACUUGUGGUGGAGGGUAUCAGACGUCCACAAUGGUGUGCAUCAAAGAACACAAUCAGCAGCAGCAAAUUGUCGCGGACAAACGGUGCCAUGGACUGGAGAAACCUCAACCCCAAGUGCUCAGAUGCAACGUGAAACCAUGCGAGGCGCAGUGGUCAAUCACGGAUUGGAGUCCUUGCUCAGUUAGUUGUGGCCUGGGAGUCCAGACCCGGGAAAUGGCGUGUAGGCAGCAAAUUAAUCCUUCUUUGACGAUGAACGUGGCCGAGUCGGCAUGUCCGUCACCCAUGCCAUCCAACGUUAUUUUAUCUAAAACCUGCCAGAGGCCACCUUGCGAUUCCACCCAAUCCGACAGCGGCUCGCAUUGGAUCGCUGGAACUUGGUCUAAAUGUUCCACGACUUGCGGUACCGGCAUUAAGUCAAGAUCGGUAAGCUGUUCGUCAGCCAAUGAAACCGAAUGCAAGCCUAACGAAAAACCAGCGCAUCAAACCACCUGCGACAUGGGACCGUGCGCGAUGGCCCUUUCCAACACUAUUGGUUCAUGGAUUCUAUCCGAUUGGUCACAGUGUUCAGAAACAUGUGGUACAGGUAUACAAACUAGAAAGGUUUAUUGUUCACUAGGAAUUGAUCGUGAGAACGCAUGUGAUCAAUCAAUAAAACCAGAGGCUAGCAGAGCUUGCAUGAGUGAUAAAGACUGUAGUGGACUUUGGUUUACAGGACCUUGGUCGCAAUGUUCUGAAAUGUGUGGUUGGGGUAAUCAAACGAGAACUUCAGUUUGUAUGUCUUAUGAUCAAAAAGAAUGGAAAGUAGUACCCCAGAGCCACUGUUCCGGCAAAGAAAAGCCGUCAAUGAUAAUGUCGUGUUUCACCGAAAACUGCGAUUCUAAUUGGUUUACUUCGGAGUGGCUACCGUGCUCGAGAUCGUGCGACUUGGGUGUUCAGAAACGAGAUGUCAAGUGUCUCAAUGAAGUAUUAAAACCAUCGUUUGAAUGUGAUGAAUCGAGCAAACCACCGGCCAGACGUUCUUGCAACUUAAGUCAAUGCGUCAGUAGUUAUUCAGCAUCAGUAACAAGUGAAGAAAGCCGAAUCGAAAGAGAGAAUAAGCCAAUGUCAACUAGUACCCAACUACCAUUGGAUCAAGACGAUCCUAAGUGCGUUGAUAUUCAACACAGAAAUUGUAAUUUCGUUGCCCAAGCCAGACUAUGUUCUUACAAGUAUUAUAAAAUUUCAUGUUGCAACUCUUGUCGAAACAAAACGUAAAUCAAUCAUAGUCAGACGUACCUAAAUAUUAUUUGAUUUUCAAUUUUAGACAUAAUCAAGACGGCUAGUUUAUAGUAAUAUAUAAUAUUCGAUAAAUGUAAAAAUAGUACCUAUUUUAAUGUACAAUAUGUUUGUACUUACCUAUU